AAAGGGCAGCCAGAGGGGCGGCUGCAGCACCACCUGCACUGGGAACAGAGAUGGAUCCAAUGAGGGCUUCCAGAGGGGAGGGAGAAGUUUAAAAGUUAGUUUGCACAGGGAGCUUACACAGCUUAUCACUUCAGAGAAGCUGGGAAGGUGUCAUGUUCCUGAGAAGACACUGGAAGGGCAGCACCCAUCUCUCAAGCCCGGGAUUGCUGAGCACCCUCCAUGCACAUCCCAGCAAGGACUCCAAGGAAACCUUCACACCUCCAGACAGUGAGGCUGCCCUGGGAUCGAUGGCCAGAAACUGGAGAUGAAGCUCAGGUCUCCCAAGGACAUGGGGCAGCUCCGGGUGGGACAGAAGCUGGAGCUGGAGUGUCACACUGACAGGAGCUAUGGGGCAUCCUGGAUCCGCCAGGACAGCAGUGGGACCCUUCACUUCAUUGUCUUCUUCAGUUCCAUGUCCCGGCCCACGUUUGAGGGGGGACAGAAAACGUCCACACGCUUUGAGGCGAGCAAAGACAGCACGAUCUAUCGGCUGGCAGUGAAAUCUUUCACACCACAGGACCAGGGCAGCUAUUUCUGCGUGAUGAAUCUCAACCAAAUGCUGCACUUCAGCCCUGGCCAGCGAGCCUUCCUCCCAGACACCACUGUACUGGCACCUAGCACUCCAGGACUCACCACCCAGGGGGGCACCACUGAAGGGGACUCCUGCCUGGAGACACCAGAUCCAGACAGCAGAAUGCUGAAAGACCUGGAUUCCUUCUGCCUUGUCUUCCUGUGGCUCCCCUCAGCAGGGCUCUGCCUCCUGCUCCUCCAGCUCCUGGCCACCACCAUCGUGCUGCAUCAACUUAAGGUUGCACCUACUCCCUCUAGGUGCACCUCAGGCCUGAAACCACAGCCCUGUCCCUGAGGAUGUGCUGCUGCUUUGGGAGGUGUGGGAUAACAGGACACAGUGCAAUAGUCACUGCCUGGACACCUUCCAACAAAUCAUCCUGACACUCCCUGAGUGCCCUUCCCCUCCCUGUCCAGCCCUUUCCCAUGAUUUUGUAGGAAGGAGGUGCAAUGAUCUGAUUGCAGCAUCAGGGGUUCCUUCCCAACAAAAGGCCAUGUGUUUUGUAUGGGAAGCAUUGCCUUGAAAAUAUAUUUUCUCUAUUCAAUGUUGCUGAAUGUGACAUGUGACACACACCAAAUUUAAAUGUAUGAACAUUGAACAGAAAGCUGCUCAGAAAACUGAGCAAAAGCAUUCUUCUGUAUUGCAAUCCCUGUAAACUUUGUUGUUCUUCCAAAUUAAAUUACUACCUCCUGACCCAGA